ACCAGUGUGGCGCUCUGCGCAGCUCAAGUUGAAGGCUACUGAUCUUCACCACGACACUUCAGGGAAAGCUAAACUGCAUUUUUGAAAUACAAACAAUGAGUUAUUUAAACGCAUGAACUCAAGCAGUCGCAUUUAACACACUGCUCAACCUGCAGAACCUUAGAUAUUAGCGAACAAACUUAUUGUUCAGCGAAGACAGCGCGCGACGCACAGGGACAGAUCAUGCACUGUCAAGCCGAGUUGAGGCUCUCCUCCCCCGGGCAGCUGAAGGCUGCCAGGCGGCGCUACAAGACUUUCAUGAUUGACGAGAUCCUCUCAAAGGAGACUUGUGAUUAUUUUGAGAAACUUUCUCUUUACUCGGUGUGCCCUUCGCUCAUUGUACGACCGAAGCCUCUUCAUUCGUGUUCUGGCUCCUCAUCACUACGUGCCUACCCUCUCCUCUCAGUGAUCACACGGCAGCCCCCCCACCACCCCCAGGUGUCAUCUCAGGGUGGGGUCCCCUCGCACCUGCCCUUGCUCUCCCCGCAGCAUCCACGAGGCUCCGAGCCCUCGCCUAGCCAGACCCCCCUCAGCAUUAGCAGCGAGUCAGACACAGAGCGCAGCACGCCCCGCCUGAAGAAGCCGCGUCGCAGCCGCACCAUAUUCACCGAGCUGCAGCUGAUGGGCCUAGAGAAGAAGUUCCAGAAGCAGAAGUACUUAUCCACACCUGAUAGGUUAGACCUGGCCCAGUCACUUGGUCUCACACAGCUCCAGGUGAAGACAUGGUACCAAAACCGGCGCAUGAAGUGGAAGAAAAUGGUGCUCAAAGGAGGUCACGAGGCCCCGACUAAGCCCAAGGGGAGACCCAAGAAGAACUCUAUUCCCACCACGGAGGAAAUAGAAGCUGAAGAGCGCAGGAUGAAGAUGGAGGCAGAGGAGAGGAUGAAGAGGGCGGCUGAGAAAGUGACGCUGGUUCAGGGAGAAGAGGCAUCUCAGCUUGAACCUGAAGAUCUCAGUUCAGAAACUGCAGCCGCUGUGAUGGAGGGGCCCGAGCGAGAGCUGCCGCUCCUGAUGCAGUCAGAGACUCGCGCAGCCAGCUAAGCAAGAACAACACAACCAAAGACUAAUGCCAACCUGAAAACAAAUAGUGCCUCAGGAUCACUGUAAAAAGCCUGUGUGGUGUUUAGCCAUUUGCUUUAGGAAUUUGGCUGGAAACAUAUUGGUGGCAUCCAAUCUUUACCAAAUGUAGCCUUUUAUUUUUUGUGUAUUGGAAAAGUGUACCAUACAAAGAGCUAAAGUGCGUAGACACUGUUUGUACUGGUAAAACUGUGGCCUUUAAAUACUGUAUUUGAGCAGGUCGCUGGUAUAAGGAGUGUAAAUCUGUCAAAUCCAAGCAGGUCAGUCAAAGCAAAACACGUCUCAUGCAUCACUUUACUGUGCAUUAUAACCAUGAAACAUCACACACACCACUGAUCCUCCAAGCUGCCUCACAUAAUGCAUGUGCCAAAAUAUCAAGAUUUGCCUUACUGUAUUGUCUCUAUGUCUCUAUGUAUUAUAAAUCACUUCACUGCCAAAAACUGUACUAUCAAAUGGUUACAGUGCCUUGUCAGUCUCAGAGGAAAGCUUUUAAAGUGCUGAUAAAAUAACUAUCAAAUGCAAGUAUAUUUUUUACAGUGAUUUUCGAUUACAAGUGCUGUUUUUGGAGACAGAGUUUAGAAAAGAACACAAUGCUUAGAUUGGAGUUCUUCUACAGCUUUAAGGCUCAAAUGUGUUCAUUAUUUGGUCGUUAAAGCUUGCAUUUUUAUUUUUUCAAUCUGAAAAUCAAUAUUUCUGCCUCUGUAUCAUACUGUAGAAAUGUGUAUAAAGUAUAAAAUAUAUGGUCUUUCGGAUAUAUAUGUAAAACAGUAUUUUUAACUGCUGUUUUAAAUUGGAUUAAAAUAGUUUGUAUGUAUAAUG